CCCGGCAUGCCCGCCCGCCCGCGCCUGUUGGUGCUGCUGAACAUGGCGGAGGGCGGAGUGGCCGAUCUGGAGACGCAGAGAGGAGAGACGGCGGCCCUCAUGAAGACGCCGCUCAAGAAGGGGGACACCUGGAAGUGAUGCAAAAGAACUUCCUGGGCACAUCUGUGAAGAAGAAAGGCAAAAUGGCGUCCCUUUGUGUCCAUAAUCUAAAAGAACUAUCUACGAUUUCUGACGCUAAUGAAUUUGCUCAGUUGGACACAAACAAAAAUUAAAUACAAUGGGUACCUUGUGGACAGUCGUUGGUUUAAACAGUGGAAGAAAUAUGUCGGUUUUGACAGCUGGGACAAAUACCAAAUGGGAGACCAAAAUGUUUAUCCUGGUCCUGUUGAUAAUUCAGGGCUCCUUAUAGAUAGUGAUUCACAGUCCCUGAAAGAGCACCUUAUAGAUGAACUGGAUUACAUAUUGGUACCCACGGAAGGCUGGAAUAAAUUGGUCAGCUGGUAUGGAUUGUUGGAAUCCCAUGAACCGAUUGCACGCAAGGUAGUGGAGCAGGGCAUGUUUGUGAAGCACUGCAAAGUAGAGGUAUACCUCACUGAGUUAAAAUUAUGUGAAAAUGGAAACAUGAACAAUGUUGUAACAAGGCGAUUUAGCAAAGCUGACACCAUAGAUUCUAUUGAGAAGGAGAUGCGAAAAUUGUUUACUAUCCCAAGUGAAAAAGAGAUUCGAUUAUGGAACAAGUACAUGAGCAACACAUUUGAACCUUUGAAUAAGCCCGAUAGCACAAUACAAGAUGCUGGACUGUAUCAAGGGCAGGUACUGGUAAUAGAGCAGAAAAAUGAAGAUGGAACAUGGCCAAGAGGUCCUUCUACGAAUAAGUCUCCAAGUGCAUCAAAUUUUUCAACUUUGCCAAAGGUUUCCCCUUCAUCUCUCUCAAAUAAUUAUAACAGCUUCAGCAACAGAAAUGUGAAAAAUUCAAACUACUGUAUCCCCUCAUAUUCUGGCUAUAACAACUACGAUUAUCUAGAGCCAGGAAGGCACAGUGAACAACCUGGUCUCUGUGGCCUGAGUAACUUGGGGAAUACGUGUUUUAUGAAUUCUGCAGUUCAGUGUCUAAGUAAUACAUCCCCACUGACUGAAUACUUUGUGUCUGAUGAGUACAUGGAUGAGCUAAAUAAUGACAACCCAUUAGGAAUGAGAGGAGAAAUAGCGAAUGCUUAUGCAGAUCUCAUCAAGCAGAUGUGGUCAGGAAAAUAUAGCUAUGUUACACCGAGAGCAUUUAAGACACAAGUGGGCCGUUUUGCACCUCAGUUUUCUGGCUAUCAGCAACAAGACUCUCAAGAAUUGCUUGCAUUUCUUCUUGAUGGCUUACAUGAGGAUUUGAACAGAAUAAGAAAAAAACCAUACAUUCAGCUGAAAGAUGCAGAAGGAAGACCUGAUGAGGUGGUUGCUAAGGAGGCAUGGGAAAAUCACAGGAAACGAAAUGAUUCUAUUAUUGUUGAUAUUUUUCAUGGUCUUUUUAAAUCUACACUCGUUUGUCCUGAAUGCUCUAAGGUUUCUGUGACUUUUGACCCAUUUUGUUAUUUAACACUUCCUUUACCCUUGAGAAAAGAACGCACUUUGGAAGUUUUCCUUGUUAGAAUGGAUCCACUCACCAAACCUAUGCAGUAUAAAGUAGUUGUUCCUAAAAUAGGUAUUAUUUCAGAUCUGUGUGCAGCACUGUCUACUUUAUCAGGUCUCCCUGCAGACAAGAUGGUAGUUACAGAUAUAUAUAACCACCGAUUCCAUAGAAUAUUUUCUAUGGAUGAAAAUUUGAGCAGUAUCAUGGAAAGAGAUGAUAUCUUUAUUUUUGAAGUGUCUGGCAGUAGGACAGAUGACACAGACAAUGUGGUAAUUCCAGUGUAUCUACGUGAGAAGUAUCGGCAGCCAAGCUAUAGCCACCAUAGCAGCUCUUGCUUGUUUGGUCAACCAUUCAUGAUAUCCGUGCCUAGGAACAUUACUGAAGAGAAGCUCUAUAACCUAUUACUUAUGAAAAUGUGCCGAUAUGUUAGAACACCUAAUGAGAAUGAAGAUGAAGAAGCAACUCUUCAUUUUGCCAAAGACCACGGUAUCAAUGGCAAUGAGCAAAAUGGUGUACAUGAGGAGGGAUCUCCAAGUGAAAUGGAAACGGAUGAACAAGAUGAUGAAUCCAGUCAGGAUCAAGAACUUCCUUCUGAGAACGAGAACAGUCAAUCAGAGGAGUCUGUUGGAGGGGAUAACGAUGAUUCUGAAAAUGGCAUCUGCACUGAUGACACUUGUAAAGGACAUUUGUUCCAGGGACACAAAAAGCAACUGUUUACAUUCCAAUUCAAUAACUUGGGAAAUGCAGAUAUAAAUUAUGUGAAAGAUGACAGCAGACAAAUCAGAUUUGAAGAUAGUCGACAAAUCAGACUUGAUGAACGAACAUAUCUUGCAUUGGACUGGGAUCCUGAAGUAAAGAAGCGGUGCUUUGAUGAAAAUGCAGCAGAGGACUUUGAGAAGCAUGAAAGUAUGGAGUACAGACCCCAGAAAAAGAUGUUUGUGAAAUUAAAAGAUUCUAUUGAACUUUUUACAACUAAGGAAAAGCUAGGUGCAGAGGACCCAUGGUACUGUCCAAACUGUAAACAGCAUCAGCAGGCCACUAAAAAGCUAGAUCUGUGGUCAUUACCCCCCGUGCUGGUAGUGCAUCUGAAACGAUUUUCCUACAGUAGAUACUGGCGAGACAAGCUGGACACACUGGUUGAUUUUCCUAUUAGUGCUUUAGAUAUGUCUGAAUUUCUUAUCAAUCCAAAUGCUGGCCCCUGUGAAUACAAUCUGAUUGCUGUGUCAAAUCACUAUGGUGGAAUGGGUGGAGGACAUUAUACAGCCUUUGCUAAGAACAAAGAUGAUGACAAGUGGUACUAUUUUGAUGACACCAGCGUUUCACCUGCGACUGAAGACCAAAUCGUGUCCAAAGCAGCUUAUGUUCUGUUCUACCAGAGGCAAGACACAGUCAGUGGCACAGGCUAUUUUGCACAUGAUCGUAUUGUCAAGAAAGAAGCUUCUGCUGCUGUAGGAGCCCGAGUGGAGAGUGAUGAGGACUGUAAUGAGAACGAUGUCGAAAAUGAAAACUGCAUGCACACAAACUGACAUUGAACUGAUUACCAUGUACAACCCCUCAAAUGCAGAUUUCUGCCCAGACACUGGAAAGCUAGAAGGAUACAACCAAGUAAGAUUAGGAGAUCAUCUGGAGAAGGAAAGCUAAGUCAGCCCAAAGUAAAAGCCAUUUUGGAUUUUAAAUAUUGAAACAAACCUAAGUGAAUUACUUGAAACAAAAAUGUAUUAGGAAUUCAAUUAGAAGCUAACUGGAGUAUAUGAUAGACGUGUGAAGUCUGUUUGUCUUACCGAUGUAUGCAGUUCUUUACACUAAAUAUAUGCACAAAUAAUCAAAUGUGGUUCCCUUCUUCAAUCUUUGUUUCUUCUAUUGUUUUUGAGAAUGUACCAGUAUUUUCACAGAACUAUUGUUUUAUGUCUUGAGCUGAAGUAUACGGCAAAGUGUGCAAUGUAUUUGUCCUGCUGUGGAAAUAGAGAACACAAGCACUUAUUGGAAAGACAGUUGUUUCACCAACUCAGUGACAAACCUGCUGUCAUGCUCUGUUUAAACAUGUUGUACGAGCCACCUAAAUGAAUGAUUAGUGAAGCAUCUGCUCCUUCAUUGCUGUAAUUCAUGCUGCUUAGUUGGCACACCAUUGCCCCCAGUUAUAUUGCUGAAAGAUGAGCGAUGUUGUUUCAAGCAGUGGACUAUAAUGAGCAGGACACCUGAAUUAUACUUCCCAUACAUAUCAUCGCAUUGUCAACAAGACUGUUAGUUUCAAGCCAUGAUUUCAGAGUUCUGCACAGGAGCCUUGUUUCAUUCUGAAGUUUGGGUUUAAUUUAUUAAUGUGAAAGAAUCAGUCAUAGGACCAUCUGAUGCACACCUGCUGUGGUUAACCUCCAACGGGGCAAAUCAAAGUGCUGAUGAAAGGAAUGCCUCAAAAUUGUCUCAGCACUGGAUCUCCAGAUCAGUUUGCUUCUGAAUUGUGCCACUCAUCCCAGAUUUAUAAUUUUCAUACCAAUUUUUUUUUGCCAAUUCACAAUGGAAAUGCAGUAUAAAACAGCAGAAUAUUUUAUUUGUACUGCUCUGUCACAGAUAUGCGUUAUUGUCCCGCACAGGUUAAGUAGACAGCAUCUCACAUUUGAAAGGUACCACACUGAUGUGUACCUGCCUAUUGCUAUUCAUACCUCUACUUUAACCCUCUGAGGACUGCAGUGUCAUUUCUGCACCAAAUAAGAAAACUAUUGAGGUAUAAUAUUUUUAAUGUUUACUCAACGAAUCUCUGAACUUACGCAUGCGCUUUGCUCAGAACUUGCUCUGGGAUUUGCUGCAUUUCCUUCAAAUCUACUUUCCGAUGUGUUGUUAUGAGGUGCAGCGUUUAAAAAUUGACAGCAAAUAAUUUUCUACAGACAUGUGACGGAAAGCUUCUUUUGAAAACUGCAAAAAGCUUGCAGUACUCAGGGUUAAAAAUAGAAUGUCAUAACAGAUAUAAUUGAUGUGCUGGAGGGUUUUCAUUUGUUCAGCGAACUUAGUUUGCACACUUUUCUUUUGGUAUAUGACCAAGGGGACUAGUGUAACUGUCUUCAUGCAUCUAAGUUGAUGGUGUAUUAAAGCUGAGGCUCAACACGUUGUAAUCGAGCUACAAACUACAUUAUCAAAUCUGAUAGAACAAGUGAGCAGGUCAGUUAAUUUUGUUUAAUUCCUUUUGGGAUUUCACCAUAGCCUUACAGCAUAUUAAAUUGUGUACAAUAAACCUCUGCAUGAUACAGUAAUCAAUUAAUUGUAUAUAUUACUUGGUAAAUCGUGUUGAAUUUAUUAGUCUGCUGUAUUUAUGAGGCAAGGAUGCCAAACAGCUCGAGUGGAAUUUGGACUCUACCCCCCACCCCCGGAUUGCUGCUUUCCAUUUGAUGUAGUUCGUAAGAAUGUAUUUUUGAUUUACAGCCUUUGGCAGUAAGUACGUAAUGCUCUUCUCUACUUAAGUAAUUGCUUUGUGUCCCAUUGCCAAUAAAGGAAAUGAUGGUCUUCACUUUAAAAAUCUGACACAAAUAAAAUGGAUUUGAAUGUCGUAUUGUAUGAAUAAGUUCACUCUGUGAGUGCACACCUGGUAAAUUAUUUUAUUGAGAUGUUAUAAUUAAAGACAUAGAAACACUAUACAGUAGUAGACCAGGAUGAGUUAAGUAUACCAAGAAUGGCUUUGCUCAAUAACUUGAUAUUAGUGCUGGUAUUUCUCUCUGUGUUUUACAGUCAGUAUCUUUGCCUUUAUGGUUUGAAAUUUUUUGUAAAAUUAAAGUUAUAAAACCUCUAGCAUGACUGAGGAUAAUAUUUUGUCUGCACUUCAUUUAAUUUGAGUUUACAUUUGAAACUUGCAUGUUUAUUUAUAUAAAUUUACAAUAAAGUUAUGCAAGGCCUUAGCUACUACACUUGUCUGUCCUUUUGAUAACUGCGUAGAGCAUACUGCAUAACUCAGUUGCCAUUGUGGUUUGGGAAUAAACUGCACAGAUAUGGUCAGGUAUGGUGUGUUUUUCAAUGAAGGUUUACAAAGUUUCAUAUUUAGUACUAAACAAUUUGCUCAAUUUGUGUGUCCUUAAAUGGAUCAUUUAUUGUUAAAAUAUUUGUGGAAACUGAAAUAAAACUGCAUAACUUGUGUAUGCAAUGGUUGUAGUCCUUACAUAUCAAUACAAAAUGGAAAUAAAAUGUGUCAAGUGAAGAAUGAUUGUGUAUGCUGAAAGUUUGUAACUAUAAUGGAUGGUGAUUCCUUUGUUUAAUAUACUUCAUGUCAAUGUAAAUGUAGUAGGUUUUCUGCAAAGUGUGAAGGAUUAAAAUCUUGUUUGCAAAUUUUA